GGCUGCCAGACCUCCACCAUCAUGGGUCGCAUGCACGCUCCCGGGAAGGGCCUGUCCCAGUCGGCGCUGCCCUACCGCCGUAGCGUCCCCACGUGGCUGAAGUUGACGUCUGACGACGUGAAGGAAAAGAUUUACAAAUUGCCCAAGAAAGGCCUGACUCCCUCCCAGAUAGGUGUAAUCCUGAGGGACUCACACGGGGUGGCCCAGGUCCGUUUUGUGACUGGAAAUAAAAUCUUGAGAAUCCUCAAGUCCAAAGGCCUUGCCCCUGACCUCCCCGAGGAUCUCUACCAUUUGAUUAAGAAAGCUGUUGCUGUCCGAAAGCACCUUGAGAGGAACAGAAAGGAUAAGGAUGCUAAAUUCCGCCUGAUUCUGAUAGAGAGCAGAAUUCACCGAUUGGCUCGAUACUAUAAGACUAAGCGGGUGCUCCCACCCAAUUGGAAAUAUGAGUCAUCCACAGCCUCUGCUCUAGUGGCAUAAACGCUGUUGUGUGCACAAGCAAUAAAAUCACUUUGAGUAAAAAAAAAAAAAAAAAAAAAAAAAAAACCUUAGGCGUGGCUACAUCCAGGUGUUCGGAGUGUUGACAGGGCUCUCUCGUCCACUUCCAUCCCUCUGUUUGACCUGACUCAAGCAGCAACAGGAUGGCUACUUGUUCCAAGGGAAGAGUCAGUUUCCGAGCUACCACACAACCCCCAGAAGUCUAUGGUUGCCUUGACUGGGAACAUCUGCGAGGCACUUGCUAGGAGGCACCGAGAUAUUCAAGGUGUCCCUGGGCUUCCCUCAGCCGCCGGCUGCGUCGCUUCUCCAUCGUUGGGGGUCCUGUCCUGAGCAGGUCAGUGUCACUACUCAUGGGGAAGCUACUGCAUGAAGAGCUGGCCAUGCGCUGGGAGCAGCUGCUGAUGGAUGAGGCCUUCACCGGGGGCGCGUUGGCCUGGCUGCCCGGAAGGACAGCGCGGGCCGGACAGCUGGUCUACCCUAGUGGAGGUGCCUUGGACAAGCUGUAUUUCCAGGAGGUCAGUGUGACUUCAGGUGGCAACCCCCGGAUCCUUGAGAACCCUGGGCACGUCCAGCUGCGGGGACCUGUACGGCAGGUGGUGACCAGCACCGUCCAGGGAGAAACGCUUCUGGCCGUCCGCUCUGACUAUCACUGUGCCACGUGGAAGAUUGAUAAGCAGGGGCCACCAGCACUCCUGCAGGUGAUGCAGGUGGAGAAAGGGGCCACUGGUAUUAGCCUCAGCCCUCACCUGUCAGGAGAGCUGGCCAUCUGCAGCCGUUCCGGAGCUGUUUGUCUGUGGACCCCACAAGCUGGGCUGCAGACGAUCUACAAGGACACCGAGACGCUUGCCUUCCGUGAUCCGUCUCCCUGGCGCUGGGCAGACUUCACUGCCCACCCCCGGGUGCUGACUGUGGGGGACCGCACGGGUGUGAAAAUGGUUGACAUUCAGGGCCCACCGGGCUGUGGGCUGCUGCUGUUCCGCGCUGGAGCAGAGGCUGCCUGCCAGAAAGGAGAGCGGGUGCUGCUUGCCCAGUACCUAGGGCAGCCAGGUCAGACCCCUCCAUCUCUGCAUCUCAUCUGCACCCAGUUCUCGAUCUACCUGAUGGAUGAGCGCCUCCCCCUGGUGCCCAUGCUUAAGUGGGACCAUGGCUUGCCAUCUGCUCCCCUGCUUGCCCGCCUGCUACCCCCAGCUAGCCCUGGCCAUCCACGGCCCCUGCUACUGGGGGGCCAGGGUGGGCAGCUGCAGCUGCUUCAUAUAACAGGAGAGGGAACUUCCAUGCCACAGCUGGCGGGGCCUCCUCAGUCUCUGCCCUCCAUCACCGAAUCCCUCUCUGCCUUUCCCCUGCUGGAACCUAAGAAGCAGCAGCUGCUGCAGGAACGUCUGGAGGCACCAGUCAUAGGUCUGGCUGCUGUCCCCCUCUGUGCCUCUGCCCCGGGGCUGUUGCUCUUCCAGCUCUCAGCAGCCGGGGAUGUCUUCUACCAGCACCUACGGCUCCUGCAAGCCUCCAGUCCUAGAAAGGUGCCAGAGCAAGCAACAGCACCCUCAGUGGACCAGGUGUCCACGCCCUCUUGGACCCCUCAGGCCAGUGCCCGUUGCAGCCGCUGGUUGGAGGACCUGAUGGAGUUGUCCCCCACUCGUCCAUUGUGGGUCGCCCCGACCUUCUCCCAUCGCCGUUUUCUGGGCCACAUGGAGCGGCAGAAGAGCCAAGAGACCAUGCCACAGAAGCUCCGAGCAGCCAUGGCCAAGGGCCAGCUCCUGCGGCCUGGGGACCUGAGUACACUCCCCAGGGCAGAGCCACCCCCUGCACCUCAGUGCAGCCAACAGGAUGAGCUCACUGAGCGCUUGACAGAAGCCUGGGAAGGCCGGGUGACUGCCUGGUGGAGGAGACAUCGAGGUGAGACCUCCGAGACCCAGACCCAGUCCAAGCGGCCUAAGCGGCGGACUCAGUUGUCUAGCACCUUCUCCUCAUUCACAAGCUACCUGGACUCCCCAGAUGCCAGCAGUGCCCCUCGUAGCCAAGACCUCUCUACCUCAGAGGCCCGUCUUCAGUCACCCAGGGUUCCACCCUCCCAGGAGUUGACACAGGAGGUGUGGGGCCAAGGUGUGAAGCGUGAACGCCGGCAGACCCUCCGGGAUCACACGGACAAGCUGCCACUUAAGAGGGACACUCCAGGACCUGUGGCUACACCACCCUCCCAGGCCUCUAGCCUCCAGACCAUGUCUUUCAGGCAGCAGACGCCUGUCCACUCUGGCUCCCAGCCUCCCCAGAAGAAGCCACGAAUGGGCUUCUGAGUGGGGAAAGCCAUAUCUGAGAACCUAGCCUUCAUCCUGGAGUGCUGCACUGAGCUCAGCCACUCCAGGGCAGAGCCUCCUCUGCCUCUGCCAUGCAGAGAGCAGUGUGCCCAUGGAAACGUGAGCAGUGUAGAACUAGGCUGAAGCAAUGGGGAACCAGUCCACUUCGUGUAUUUGAUGGUAGGAUAUUCCCGAGAGCUGGCUGCAGAGGCUGCAUCAGGAUGGCUAAUGCUGAGUCCCUGCAGUCCCAAGUCCCCCCAGUCUCCUGCCUUCUCCCACUGCCAUUCUCUGGGCCACAUGGAGCUGCAGAAAGAGCCAGGAGACCAUGCCACAGAAGCUCCGAGCAGCCACGACCAAGGGCCAGCUCCUGUAGCUUGGGGAUCUGGCUACGUCUCCAGGGUAGAGCCACCCCCUGCACCUCAGUGCAGCAGGGUUGCUAGAAAGUAGCCUUAGCCUCCUGUCCUCAAAGAUGCCCCAGCUCAUGUGCUCCCCGAGGUAGCCCAGUGUGGGUCAGCUGUUGGAGGUUGAUUGUGCCACAGUGUACAUUGGUUCAGUAGGCAUUGACGCUUUGACUCUGGGACUGAAUAAACCUGUCCACUGGCCAUGAGCAGAUGGUUAUGUGGGCAGAGCAGAUGUG